AUGCCACAAAGAAAAGGAUUAUUAGCUCCACAAAAUACUUUUCUUGAUACAAUUGCAACACGAUUUGAUGGAACACAUAGUAAUUUUGUAUUGGGUAAUGCACAAGUACAUGAUUAUCCUAUUGUAUAUUGUUCUGAUGGAUUUGUUGAAUUAACUGGUUAUAAUAGAUCACAAAUUAUGUCAAAAUGUUGCUCAUGUAGUUUCCUUUGGGGUGAACGAACCGAUGAUAAUGCAAAACAAUCAAUAUUAAAUACAUUAGAAAAGAAAUGUGAAUUACAGAUUGAAAUACAAUUUCAUAAGAAGACAAAUGAACCAUUUCUAUGUUUAUUGGAUAUUGUACCAAUUAAAAAUGACAAAUCACAAGUUGUUCUAUUUCUUGUAUCUCAUAAAGAGUUAUCACCUGAUCGACAUGGACGAAAUAAAGCCAACUAUAGUAUACCGGAAUCAAGUUUAAAAGUACCAUAUAUGUUAUCUGCUCAACAUUUAACUGGAACAUCUCCAUCAAAUAAAACACCAAAUUUAUUAACAAUGGGACUAGCAACAACAAUUACAGCAGCAGUUCUUGGUUCAACUGGAUUUCGUAAUAAUAAAUUAUUAGAUUAUUUAAGUGUUACAAAGAAUACAACAACAAUACCACCCCCACUACCACCAUCACUACCAACAACAACUACUAUUACUCAUAAUAAAUUAGAUAGAAAUACUUCAAUUGUAAGUAGGAAAUUAUCAGAUCGUACUUCCAUUGAGUCGAGUAAAUCACUAGCGAAAUAUUCAUCAACAAGUAAUAAUAGUGUAAUAAAUGAUGUUCUCAAUAGUUCAAAACAAAAUAUUCUAUUAGAUCCAAUUGAUGUUGAAAGUGGUCCACUUUUAAUAACAGAAUAUAAAAGUAAUGGUAAUAAUAAUAAUAAUAACGGUAAUAAAUUAUUGGAUCCUACACGUUUAAUAGUUCAUGAAUCUGAUUCAACGGAUACAUCAAGUGAUGAAUCAAGUAAUUUAACUAAUGAUCCAUCAACUGUUUAUAAAUUUCAACGAAGACGAAGUCGGGCUGUAUUAUAUCAUUUAUCUGGACGAUUUGAUCAAAAAUCUAAGCAUAAAUUACCAUUUAAAAAAUUUCAACGUAUUUCUGGCAAAGAAACAAUACCUGAAUAUAAAGUUCAAGAUGUACAAGCAUCAAGAUUUAUAUUAUUACAUUAUAGUUUAUUUAAAAUUAUUUGGGAUUGGAUGAUCUUAUUAUGUACAUUUUAUAUUGCUAUAAUGGUACCAUAUAAUGCAGCAUUUUCUCAGGGAGGUGAUGAAAAAGAUUUAAUUAUAUGUGAUAUUAUUGUGGAAUUAUUAUUUAUUAUAGAUAUUAUAUUAAAUUUUUGGACUACAUAUGUUAGUAAAAGUGGGCAAGUUGUAUAUCAUUUAAAAGCCAUUGCUAUCAAUUAUUUACGUGGUUGGUUCUUUCUUGAUUUAUUGGCGGCUAUUCCAUUCGAUGUUAUUUUAGCUGUAAAUAAUCCUGAAAUACAAGGAACUAUUGGUGAAAUGAAUAAAAUUCCAGGAAUUAAUGUUAUGACAAACUUUGAAAAUUGUAAAUGUGAUAUAUUUGGUAGUGAUAUGGAUGAUUUGCCUAUAUUGGGAUAUUCAGCUUAUAAUGUUAAAUCAUUAACAUAUUGUGAAUUACAAUGUAUAGCAUUAGAUCAUCAAUUACAAGAAAUAUUUGAUCAAUAUCCACAAUUUCGAAAACAAUUUGCUUUAGCCAUUUCAGAAGAAUUAUCAUUUAAUUUAAGAGCUGGAUUCGAUCCAACUUCGUCUUUAGAGCUGAUUCCCGCAAUCACUGUCACUACUGAUAAGAAUACAGGUUUUGAAGAUCAUUCCGAUGAUGAUGAUAUUAGUAAUAAAUCUCAUGAAAUAAUCAAUGAUGAAUGCAUUUUACUAACUAAUUCACAGAAUAAAACAUCAUUGAACAAGAAAGACGACGAUGAAGAUGAUGAUGAUGAUAAUGAUGACGAUGAUGAUGAUGAUGAUGAUGAUGAUAGAACUAUGACCCAUGAAACAGGUAAACAAUUCAUAAAUAUAAAAACAAGAAAUUUAAAAAACUCUCUAAACGAUCAUCGUCUUGACAACCAAUUCAAUGAGAAACAAAUAAAACUAUUUGAAAAUUUAAAUUCUUCGCAAAAAAUUAAAAAAAAAUUUAUUCAUAUCAAACAAAAUUCAUUAGAUUUAUAUACAAAACAUUUUGAAAAAUUAAAUAAAUUGAAUCAUACUUUAUCUAUUGAACAAUUGAAUCAAUUGAAUAAAACAAACAAUAUUAAUACUACUAUUCAUACUACUCAUAACACUAAUAAUAGUAGUAAUAAUUAUAAUUGGGAUAAUAAUGAAUCUAAGACGAAGUUUUACUUUCAUUAUCCAAUUAUGAAUUCAUUUCAUUCAUUUGAAAAUCUUAUGGACAAAUCUAAAAUGAAUAUUACAACAUUAUACUUAAAUUAUAAAUGUAAAUCAUUCGAUGAUAUUUAUCAUAUUGGUAAAUCAUUUAGAACUUAUAUUCGAAAUGAAUCUAUUUAUAAUACUGACAGUUACGGUCAAGAUGAAAAUUACAAUCAAAUAAAUGAUGUGUUCAUCAAUUCAAACAACAUUAACAAUACUACAACUACUACUACUCCUCCUCCUGCUACUCCUGCUCCUACUACUACUAUUAACAAUAAUAAUAAUAAUAAUUGUAAUAAUAAUGAUAAUAAUAAUAGUAGUAAUGGUAAUAGUAAUAAUACUAAUGAUAAAGUAACAAAACAAAAUCAGCUGAUUUCAACCCUUUAUAUUAAUUUCUAUCAAACCCAAAAUGAUAUUACUUUAAUCAAAUCAGAAUUGAUACAAAUGAAUCAAAAACUUGAUAGAAUACAAAAAGAUUUUAAUGAAUUUACUAAAUAUUUUAUUAAAAAUGAAAAUUCAUUCAAUAAUCAAUCCAUACCUCUUAAUACUUCUAAUAAUAAUAAUAAUAAUAUUGAGAAACGAUUGAAAAUGAUACAUUCAGUUGCUGGGAAUGAUACUGUCUCUUCAACACAAACAAACAUUGCUCAUAGUAACAAUAAUAAUAUUAACAAUGAUAAUAAUAAUAACAGUAUUAGUAAUAAUAAUGUUAAAAAUUCAAAAGAUGGCUUAUCCCCUUCUAAAUCUAUUAUACCAACAACAAUAAUGAAUUCACGUCCAUGUUUACAUCAAUAUGGUAGAACACAUCAUUAUUCACCAGAGAAUCGUGUAGUGACAUUUCAAUUACCACCACGUAAUUAUGAUUUUCGUAGUCAAAGUUUAACUAGUUCAAGACAAAUUUCACCUGAAACACCAAAAUCUAAUCCAAUUAAAAAAUUAUUACAUAAACAUCCAUCUAUAUCACAUGAUCUUAAUUAA